AUGUCCAGCGACGGCAGCCUCCUCAGCGUCUGGGAGGCCUCCGAUUGGGCAGAGACCCCUCAGUGCCCUCCCUCGGUCGGCGGGGCGACUUUCUUGAUCGUGGCGUACAGUGCUGUCAUAGCCAUCGGGUUGCUAGGGAACGCAGGCCUGGUGUUCAUCAUCGCCCGGCAACAGGAGUUGCGCAACGUCACCAACAUCCUGAUCGCCAACCUGUCGUGCUCUGACAUCCUCAUGUGUGUGGUGUGUCUGCCCGUCACCGUCAUAUACACACUGAUGGACCGCUGGGUGCUGGGAGAGGCCUUGUGUAAGGUGACUCCGUUCGUUCAGUGCAUGUCAGUGACCGUGUCCAUCUUCUCCCUGGUGCUGAUCGCUCUGGAGCGUCACCAGCUGAUCCUCCAUCCGACCGGCUGGUCCCCCGCCGCCGGUCACUCCUACCUGGCCGUAGGGCUGACGUGGCUGGUCGCCUGCUUCAUCUCUCUGCCUUUCCUCUCCUUCAACAUCCUCACCAAUGAUCCCUUCCAGAACAUCAGCCUGCCCGCCAACCCGUUCAGGGACCAUUUGAUCUGCAUGGAGCUGUGGCCGUCAGAUAAGCAUCGUCUGGCCUACACCACCUCGCUGCUGCUCUUCCAGUACUGCCUCCCUCUGCUGCUGGUGCUGCUCUGCUACCUGAGGAUCUUCCUACGCCUGAGACGACGCAGGGACAUGUUGGAGGGCAGCAGACGGACUCGUGGAGCUCAGAGGAUUAACGUCAUGCUGUUGGCCAUCGUCAUAGCCUUCGCUCUGUGCUGGCUGCCGCUCAACGUCUUCAACACGCUGUUUGACUGGCACCACCAGGCGCUCCCCGACUGCCAGCACGACGCUGUCUUCUCCGCUUGCCACCUGACAGCAAUGGCCUCCACCUGCAUCAACCCUGUGGUCUACGGCUUUCUCAACAGCAACUUCCAGCGGGAGCUUAAGGUGACGCUGCAGCGCUGCCAGUGCGGCGGCCGGGCAGCGGAGAGCUACGAGAGCUUCCCUCUGUCCACGGUGGGCAGCGAGGGAAUGACCAAAGCCACGUCCCUCAACAGGAUGGGAUCAGUGUGCUCUCCUUCGCCCAGACCUGAGAUCAGCUCAGCGAUACCGGCUAAAACAAUACCAGCUAAUACUUAG